AUGAACUUUGAAAUCGCAGGUUGCGGCCCUGCACACCAGAGUGGCGUGGUUUGUCAGUAUCCGGACACAAGAACACGCGUUGUCUCGGAACCAGGUUGCCAGUACUGUCAAGAACAGCGACCGGGCCCAGCACCAACGUUCAACCAGAUGCCACCAUCAUGCGCCGUCCGAAACCACAACGGUCUCUAUCCAGGACCACUCUAUCAGACUGUGGCUCAUGCAUACCUUCCUGCCGCGCAACAACGCAACAUACCUUAUGGACGGAGCUACCACCAAGAAUACCAACCGCAAGGCAAUCUCAGAAGUACAAGUCAGCCAAAUAGGUUGUUAGUAAAUCCACCAGAGGAUUACAGACUUCCAGGACUGGGACAAUAUGAACACUCCGCUCACUGGGACGUACCAAGCAACAGACCACAAUCCCAAGCACCAUAUCCCCAAGUGCAGCCGUACGAGGGAGGGUAUACUCGAAGACCAGAGCACAAAUAUCACGACUUAUCUGGCCCUUCCACAUAUCGGGCGAGGCGCACGUACACAGAUGAGGAGGAACAAGAAAAGCUUGCUGCCGCUGAGGAAGCCAAUCUUCAACGUGCUCUUCAGGAGUCGCGUCGCGAACAUGAAUUGAACAAAGUGAAGAGAGCUUGUUCCGGACAAGGGAGAAGAAUUUCAGCUCUUGAAGAUCAAAUGGACCGGGACAGAGAACGGGCACAGCAUGAUCGAGAGGAGAGAGGGGGGCCACAGUAUAAACGAGAAGAAGAACAAUACCGCGCAGACUUGGAGCAAUAUCUUGCUGAGAAGGCAGCUUGGGAGGCAUCAGAGAGGGAGGCAAGACCUGCAGGUGAAUAUCUUGAAAAUCCUCGAGGCUUGUCAACAGGAGAGAAACCAUCAUUUAUGCCGUCACCGGGUAGAAAAGAGAAAGAGGUCUGGAUCAGAGACGUGAGAAAAGUCGAUGGAAAACUGGUUGAAUAUCGAAGGAAGCUCAAGUCUUGGGAAUAUGAACUGCGCUAG